GUCGUCUCACAUUUCACUUUCUUUAUCCAAUGCCCAUUCGUUUCUUAACCAUCCCAUAUGUACAUUCCACCGCUUUGUCUUACUCUGCCUACUUUCACUACCCAAACGCCGUUCUACCUGCUUUUUCCAGGAAACCAAACGCCAUUCUUCCUCACCUCAUUGUCAACUCUUACAAGGUGAAUUGAAGCAUGGCUGCAAAAUUUAAAAAGUGCAUGAUGUUAUGUUGUUCGGCAAAGGUCUCGAAGGAAGAAGAUAUGGGAAGCGAGUCAUACGAGGAAGCCAUUGCAGCUUUGUCGAAGCUUCUCAGUGACAAAGCUGAUCUCGGGAGUGUCGCCGCCGCAAAAAUCAAGCAGAUAACAGCCGAGUUAGAGGCAGCUGCCGAUUCCACUCAGUUCGACCCGGUCAAGCGGCUCGAGACCGGUUUCCUUCACUUCAAGAAAGAAAAAUUUGACAAAAAUCCUGAUCUGUACGGUGCACUUGCCAAAGGGCAAAGUCCUAAGUUCUUGGUAUUUGCAUGCUCCGACUCUCGGGUGUGCCCCUCCCACAUCCUGAAUUUCCAACCAGGGGAGGCUUUUAUCGUCCGUAACAUUGCCAGCAUGGUCCCGCCCUAUGACAAGAAAAAAUACUCUGGAGCUGGGGCGGCCAUCGAAUACGCUGUCCUGCAUCUGAAGGUGGAGAAUAUAGUAGUUAUUGGACACAGUUGCUGUGGAGGUAUCAAAGGGCUUAUGUCCAUCCCAGACGACGGGACCACUGCUAGUGAUUUCAUAGAACAAUGGGUUAGCAUCUGUACACCAGCAAAGACCAAAGUGAAAUCAGAACAGAAUGAGCUAAGUUUCUCGGAGCAAUGCACCAACUGCGAGAAGGAGGCAGUCAAUGUAUCACUGGGGAACCUAUUGACGUAUCCAUUUGUGAGAGAAGCAGUGGUGAAGAAAACAGUGGCCCUGAAAGGUGCACAUUACGAUUUCGUGAAUGGAAAGUUAGAUCUGUGGAAUCUGGAUUUCAAGAUUUCACCCACUUUAGCAAUAUGAGGAUGCAUGCAGCACUUUUUCUAUUUGCAGCAGUUUUUAGAAGCAGUGUUCCUACCUUGGUUCAUUUUAAUAGUUUUCUGUGUGAAAAAAGAAUAAGUAUUUAAAAGGCAGUGUUGUUUAAUUUGUACUCUAGAAAGAAAAUCUUGAGCUUAAUGGAGUAGUGUUUUAUCAA